AUGAGGUUGCUCAAUACUGGCGGAGUCUCUUGUCUCGCUCUGCUGAACCUUGCUACCCUGUCUCGUGCGUCACCGUGGUUCGGAACUCAAUAUGUCGAGCUCGUGGCCACGACCGACGCGUACUAUGGAUGGCCGGUAACCACCGCCAUUCCAGUCAAGCCAACAGUAACGAACCCCGUGGUCUUGAGCACAAUGACAGUAUCUGAUUUUGAAGAUGAUGUCACGGCCGUUGACCUCGUUGUGGCGCCUUCUGCUGCCACUCCAAUCCAUGAGAGUAAUACUUAUUACAUGGUUCUGACUUUCACUCCACCAACGACAUGCUCCUUCACACACGCACCUACUCCGACGACUAAGACUUGCUAUGUCGAUAUACCCACGGAGGCUCAAGGGUUCGCUAGCCCAACCGCAAUCGUCACAUCGACUGCGACCGGCGGUUACUUCUCGGUCACCAAAUCGCUGGUAGAUCCAAGCUCCGUUCCUACAGGCGUAUACGACUAUUACAGUCUCGACUGUUAUCCGUACUCCUGGAGAGGGUGCGACUCAAAUACGGGCAUUUAUACUGGUUCAUCUGGUACUUCUGGUACAGAUAGCACAUAUGAACAUUGUUACGAUUUCACCGAGACACUGUUCGUCUCCACCAACGCGAUAGGAGGUGGGCGGUGCUGCAAUGGUGACUGCAAAUACACCUGGGGUGUCUCGUUCCUUCAAUUGAUUCUGAUUGUCGUUUUCUCGUGGACUGGGUUCUGGCUCAUCAUGAGCCUGUGGGAAAGCUGGGUGAUCUUCAGACGUGCCAUGGUGGGCAGGAAGAGUCGCCGCGGUGUUCCGACCUGUUUCAUCUUCAUCUGGUCCCUCCUGUUCUGCAUCAUGGCUCGGUGGAGGAGAAGGGUUCCUGAGAAGACGCCCGAGCAACAGGAAUGGCUCACGGAGAGAUGGAACGCAAUGUCCCUUGGAGCCAAGAUUGGUCUCUGGCUCAAAAACAUGUUCAAGGUCACCGAUCCGUCGGCUGCGCUCUUGAACGAGGCCGUAAUGCGGUAUACGCCUCCAUCUCAGGAUGCUCCCCUAUCUUAUCCUCCGCCCUCGGAAGCUCCUCCAGGCGGGCCCGGUGCCCCGGGUGCUACUGACCCUACCCUUCCUCCUCACCCUGCUUCUUCGUCUUCGCCGUCGAUCUCCACCGAUGUGAACCCCGGCGAGGAUCAUGCAGAGAAAGGUGCACAUCUCACAGUGGCCCCGGUCAAAGAUCAUGAUUCUGACAGUGAUCGGACCUUGGAACCCAAGGAUGAGUCCCGUGUUACAGCUGUCCCUGUCCGCGAGAUUUGA